AUGCUGUGCUGCAGCCGUCCCGGCUUCUCCGAGAGGUCUAAUGAUUGCGCGAGUCCUACGACGCUACGUCCGGGUGCAGAGCAGGCCGCGGCUUCCCCCUAGGCCCAGAACUGCCCAUUGUUGCGCGAGGAGAAGCCGUUGCUACCGAGAUCCAGGAUCAUGACGGACCCUCUCGGAGACCAUCGCCCGCGGCUCUGCCCUGUAGAUGCUUCCUGAAAGACUCCCGCGGCCCUGCGGCUGAGAGUGUUCAGUGGACACACCCUGGCAGAAAGAUGGACGUGUAACCCAGCACCGGCAGUUGACCUGUCUGUCACCUUGAUGACUUCUCCUUUGGGUGCCUUCGCAGUCCAAUUCCCACAGCCUUCAAUCAGUGGCCUCUCACAGAUCACCAAGAGCCUGUUCAUCAGCAAUGGUGUGGCUGCCAACAACAAGCUCCUGCUGUCCAGCAGUCAGAUCACCACGGUCAUCAACGUCUCAGUAGAGGUAGCCAACACCUUCUAUGAGGAUAUCGAGUACGUGCAGGUGCCUGUGAUCGAUGCGCCCAUUGCGCGUCUCUGCGAUUUCUUUGACCCCAUCGCUGACCAUAUCCAUUCCGUGGAGAUGAAGCAGGGCCGCACCCUGCUGCACUGUGCUGCUGGUGUGAGCCGCUCAGCUGCCCUGUGCCUCGCCUACCUCAUGAAAUACCACGCCAUGACCCUUCUAGAUGCCCACACGUGGACCAAAUCACGCCGGCCCAUCAUUCGACCCAACAGCGGCUUUUGGGAGCAGCUCAUCCGUUAUGAGUUCCAGCUGUUCGGCAAGAAUACAAUGCACAUGAUUAACUCCCCAAUGGGACUGAUCCCAGACAUCUACGAGAAGGAGAUCCGUUUUAUGAUUCCACUGUAAGCCAACCCAACCAGCUCCUAUAUGAGGGUCAGCAGUACAGAUCUGUCAUUAAUAGUACACCAAGGUCUAAACUUGAACACUCUACUUGUGUUGCUACAGGAGCACACCAGAUGGUGCUUUUCAUAAGGGCAGGAAUAGAGCAUUGCCAUAACUUUUCACCUCCUAGUCCACAGGUUUGGGGGGUACAUGCCUUAGAUGGCUGAAGCAGAAAGAUUGCAAGGUGAGUUUGAGGCCAGCCUGGGCAACAUAGUGAGACCCUGUCUCAAAAAACAAACAAACAACAGUUACUGCCCUGUAGUAUGUGUCUUUAGAUAUUAAAUUCUUUGGUUAGAGCAUGGUGAGGGUAACUCUUCUGUGCAUGGUAGGUCACAGCUGCUGUCUGGAGGAUGGGGAAGGCAAGUGGUGGCCAUGCCAAAGAGACCAGUGCACAGUGCAUAUGGCAGCCUUGGGGUCCUGCAGCUCUCCCCUAGAUGACCAACCCAGAGAUGACUCUGCCAAAAUCCCACCCCAUUCAUUCAAAUCAGAGCCUAAGCAUCCUGGCGCUCUCCGGCGUCUCACAGUAAGUGCCAACCUACUGGACACGGGGCCUCCCUCCACCUUCACCACAGUGGCCCAGCUCUGGUCUUCCAGGCCAGACUUGCACAGGGCAUGGAUCACAGCACUGCUCCGAUCAGCAGUACUCAUCCGGAAGGCCUUCCUGUCUACACACAGCUCUUUGUUUAUGUGUCUCAGAAGCCUCUGUGAGAGAGAAGAAAUGGCUUAAUCUUUGCUAAGCCUCAUCUCAGAAGUUUGCCAGAGCUCCCACUGUGCAACCUAGGAUGCAAGCCCAGCUUUCUCCAAAAGACCUUAUGCAGAAUUGCAGACCAUGAGGUCCAGUGUCCCAGGCUGGCUGACUGUUCAGGAGUUAUGGGGACAGAGGUCAGGACAAGUGAGUUGACUCCAGGAGGCCCUGAAAUUCAGGGUUGCUCAGAAUUCCUUAGUGUCAGGACCCAACUCAAGAAGGCUGUGUUUGGUUUAAGAGGUGAUCCCAGCCGGGCGGUGGUGGUACACACCUUUAAUCCCAGCACUCGGGAAGGCAAGUGGAUCUCUGUGAGUUUGAGGCCAGCCUGGUUUACAAGAACUAGUUCCAGGACAGCUAGGACUGUUACACAGAGAAACCCUGUCUCAAAAAAACCUAAAUAAUAAUAAUAAUUUUUUUUAAAAAGAGGUGUCCCAUGUAGCCCAGGCCAUGUAGCCUUGAGCUCUUUAUCUCUUGCUUGUACUUAAGGAAUGCUGGGGCCAUUGGUGUGUGCCACCAUGCCCUGCAAAGACCAGUGGUCCACUUUGCUUUUUGUGGUAUAACACCAAAAGCAGCUUGGGGGAGGAAAGGGUUUAUUUGACUUACAGGUCCACACAGUCCACCAUGAAGAGACGUCAGGACAGGAACUCAAGGCAGGAACUGAAGCAGAAGCAAGGAGGAAUGCCGUUUACUGGCUUGCUCCUUCCCCAUGGCUUGCUCAGCCCAGUUUGUUACACAGUCGGGGACCACCUGCCCGGGCUGGUACAGCCGAGAGCAGGCUACGCCCUCUCUCAUAUUAUUCUUGCAUUAUUAGUCCAGAAGCCCUACAGACAUGCUCACCUAGUGGAGGGACCCUUUCCUAGGUGACUCUAGUUUAUGUCAUGUUGACAAACACUGACCAGUUGGUCUGAUCUAGAGCUUUCAGAUCGCUUAUGAGCAAACAGCAGCACGGCUGCCCUGUUGGGUGGCUUGAUGCGGUUCUGUGCAUCUCGAGCGCUGUAGAAACUGCAGACCUUCCUCCUGUAUGAGUUGGGUUCUCGGGAGGCGCAGAACCGGUAGGGUGAAAAGAAAAGAAUUUAACUUAGCAUACGGGACGCUCAGCAGUGGGAGUGUUUCCACAGCGUCUGUUUCUCAUGGGAGAGGCCACAGUCCAUGAGUCUGGGACAUCAGCAGUCCCAGCCUGGCCCCAUAACCUGGAGUGCUCCCAGAGAGCCUUGAAAUGCUGGUUCUGAUGUCAGCAGCAUGUGGGAAGGCCGAGAGCACAGGUGAAUGAUCUUCCUGCCACCAUGCCCUUUUUAUCUGAGCUGCUUCCAGAAGUGCUGCCCACUCUUGGGUGGGUCUUCCCACAUCCAUUAUAGGCAACCAAGACAGUGCUCCAGGUGUGGCUCCCUAUAGGUGAUUCUGAUUUAUGGCAAACUGACAUUUAAACCAACCACCAUACUCCCCAACCUACCUGUGCCCUGUUUUCAGAAAGGGACUGCCCAGGGGUUUGGUAUGAGGUGGCCGCUGCUCUAGGACUAAUCUCGCCCUUCAGCAGAAGCAAACCCCCCACCAAUACACACACACACACACACACACACACACACACACGGCAGGUGUGGCCAAGCCCCCACCCUGCAACUCUCCUGACAGAAACACAGAUAGAAAUUUUCUUUUAAAAGAACUUUAUUUAAAUCUUUUAGUCAUUAAAAAAAAAUCUAGGGAUGGAAAAAUGGCUCAGUGGUUCUGAGCAUUUACUGCUCUUGCAGAAGACUUGGGUUGGAUUCCCAGCACCCGCCUCGUGGCUCACAACUCUGUGGAUUCAGUUCCAAGGAAUUCGAUGCCCUUUUCUGGCCUCCGAGGGCACUAGGCGUGCAUGUAUUGCACAUACAUACACGUAGGGAAAACACUCAUGCACAGAAAAUAAACAUAAAUCUUUUUAAAGUUUAAAUCAGCAUGUCAAUUCAACUUUUGAAUUCACAAUUUUCUGGGUCACCUCAUUCCCAAAUGGGACUCAACCCACGGCCUCCUCGUGUGUGUUAGGCAAAUGCCCUACCACCAAGCUAAUCCCCAGUCCAGUUCUUUGAGGCUUGUUUGUUUUGAGUCAGACUCUGGAACUCUUGUCUGGCCUGUACCUCAAUAUGUAGUCGAGGCUAGCCUCAAAUUCACAGAGAUCAGGCUGCCUCUUAGCUUCUGCCUCCUGAGUGUGCUUACCACCACCACCACCCCCUGCUGGAUUUUAACAGGUGUAUAAAAUGACGUCAUCACCACAAAUCAGGAGCCUAUCACGGGUCCCUUUUGUGGCCAGACCCCAACCCAAGCCUUCCCCACACGCUGACAAGCACACACGUGUGUUCCUACAGGUUUGCCUCUCCGGGCAGCCUGGCGCUCGCCCCUCACGCAGUCCCUUGUCUUUGUUCUGUGGUAUUUUACGGCUAUGCCACUCUUUACCCACUGAAGGGUAUUUAGUUGUCGGGUGUAGGGGUUGUAGGUGAAACUGCCAUACACAUUUGCACACAGGUUGUUCAUUUCUCUAGGGUGUGUACUACAGAAUUCUGGUCACAUGAUGAUGGCCUACUCACCAGAACUCGAUUAAAACUAAUCAUAUUCACUUCUCAUUACCCUCCCUCAUCCCUUCCUACUUUUUCUGAACCCCUUUCUCUUCCCAAUAAGUUCCCUUAAAUGUUCAUAACUUUUCUGUGACUAUAUAAGGAAGUAUCCAUAUUUUAAAAUACUAAAAACUAAUUUCUUUUUGGUUUUCCAAGGUAGCAUUUUUCCUUGUAGUUCUGCCUGUCCUUGAACUCACAGAGACCUGCAGCUUUGCCUCCCAAGUGCUGGGAUUAAAGGUGUGUGCCACCACUGCUCAGCUGUAAGUGAGGAGUUUUGUUAUAGUAUAUUGAUAGAUGUCAUUACACUACUCCCUCUCCUUGUCCAUAUUUUUUAUUUUUAAAUAACAUAUUUUUGGAAAAUAUACACAUCUAGGUAUAUUUUCAUCGUCUCCAUCCCCCAGGGCCUUCUCCAAGUCAUCCAAGUGCCUUGUUCUGCCUCCCUCCCGAUAUCAUGUCCUCUAAUCCUUGUUCUGCCUCCCUCCCCAUAUCAUGUCCUCUUUUUGUUGUUACUGUUGUUAUUAAUAACCCUGAAACCAGGUGGUGCUGCCCAUUUGCUCGUGGGUGUGGGAUCACCCCUAGGGUGUGGGCAGCUUAGCAGUGGCCAUGCUGCCGACCGAGAGAGGCCCUGUCUCCCUCGGCAGCCAUCAACUGCUGGUAGCUCCUCCACAAGGUGAGGCUUGACUUGUGCCGGUAACAAUGGGUGCUAAGUGGAAAUUACAGCAGCCACGCGAUAUCCAGCAGCCAGCCUGUCUGUCUCCUCAUCCUCUAGCUCUUACAUUCAUGAGAGGGAACAGGAGACUGGUUGGUGCUUCCUGCAGAAGAGAAUAUUCUAGCACAGUAACAUUUGUUGUAAAGGGUGACAGCUAGGAGUUGCCCUUUUAUUUAUAGACACAUUUUGUGUUAAAAUAAGUGAACCUUGCUUAAGGCCUAAACCUAUAUGACCUUUAAGUGUGACCUUACUCCUUUCCUAGAUAUUUUUGGGAUUCCCAAAAACAAGACUAAAGCCCCCCCCUUUUUUUUUUACAGUAAAAAUGUCUUAACUUCCCCAGCAACCCUGUGAUCUAGAGUUUUACCUUAGCGGUGCCCCUGUCCAGUGCAUAGAAACUAGCCAUGAGCACCUUAGGCUCAAGUCCAAAGCCACCAGAAACAUACAGAUGGCUGCUGUGAAGACACUGAGCUGUGGCUGAGACACCCAGACACACGCUCUCAGAGAUGCUGGCUUUCCUCCCCUGCUCCUCUUUUUCUAAAUCUUUGUGCUUAAAAUGUUUGUUUUUUUUUUAAAUAAACUAACUCU